UUGCUAAAGUUGUUAAAAUAUAGCUUGUACAGAGCUUACGUCAAGAGAUUCCUACUAUAGAAAAUGGACUUUUAUCGUCACCCAUCGUUGCUACACCUCCUACAAUAAGCAAUAAUCGAUUUUAUACUGCUGCAAGCGCCAAUAUAUCAUCAUGUCUGCCAACAUCAGCAAUUUCUAACGGUGUUAGUACAUCCGCUAUCAAUUCAGACUUUUCAAAUAUGUCCAUCGGCUCUUCUUUCCCUUCAAGAUGCAAUAGUCAUAUUUCUCGACAAGUAUCGGGCCGAUCUCGUUCACGCACUAUAGAUCAACAGCAGUCUCAGCCUUCACUGAGACCAUCCAACAGUAACAUUUUUUUGAAUAGUUUAAGCAACGAAGACAUUGUGCCUUAUGAUAGUGAUGAUGAUGAUGGCAGUAACAACAGUGAUAAAGAAUUGCUUAUCCGCCGAGGAUCAGGACCACUUUUGGAUCCUUAUGGCGUACCUUUACAAAAUAAGUUUGUCCGUAGUCGUGGUAUUACUACCGGCAGUCAACCACAGGGUGGUAAUUUUGGCAGUUCUCCACCAGUAGCAACAGCAAUAACGGGGGAAGACAGUGAUUUGAAUCAGAAAAUCCGUGUUUGUGUUAGGAAAAGACCUUUGAAUAAGAAGGAAGUUGAUAAAGGCGAAAAGGACAUUGCACCGACAGCUGGUGUAAGAAGCAUCAAUGUGAACGAACCAAAAAUGAAAGUAGAUCUAACAAAGUAUAUAGAGCAGCAUAGCUUUACUUUUGACGAUGUAUUUGAUAGCAAUGAAAGCAAUGAAAAGAUUUAUCAACGAACAGCUUACCCAUUGGUCAGAUACGUAUUUAAUGGAGGAAAAGCCACUUGUUUUGCAUACGGACAAACAGGUUCAGGUAAAACCUAUACCAUGUUAGAUCCAAAAAUUGGGCUCUACGUGCUAGCAGCUCGGGACGUGUUCUCACUACUUCGAACUCCACCGUAUGAGCAUCUGUCUGCUUGGAUUGGCUUUUACGAAAUUUAUCAAGGACAGCUCUACGAUCUUCUUAACGAACGUAAAAAGCUCUUUGCUCGUGAAGAUGGCAAACAAAACGUGGUUAUUGUUGGCCUAAAAGAAUAUGUGAUAAAGAACGUCGAGGACUUAAUGCAAGUAUUUGAGUAUGGUAGUCAAUCCCGCAGCACUGGCAGUACGGGUGCUAAUUCAGAUUCGUCACGAUCGCAUGCCGUGCUUCAAAUCCUUCUUCGCCCAGUCAAUAACAAAAAGAAAAUCAUUGGUAAAUUGAGCUUUAUUGACUUGGCUGGUAGUGAACGAGGAGCUGAUCGCGGUGAUACUGAUAUGAAAACGAGAAUGGAGGGAGCUGAGAUCAACAAAAGUUUGUUAGCUUUAAAAGAAUGUAUUCGCGCUCUUGAUCAAGAUAAACGACACACUCCUUUUCGACAAAGCAAAUUGACGCAAGUGUUGAAGGACUCUUUUGUCGGUAAUUCGCGGACUUGCAUGAUUGCAACAAUUUCUCCGAAUCAGUCUAAUAGUGAGCAUACCUUGAAUACGUUACGCUAUGCGGAUAGAGUGAAAGAAUUGAAGGGUGAAAAGGACAGAAGAUUUGUCAACUCUGAUGCUGAAACUAUCAGCGCUGGUAACAAUUUUAUACAUCAACAGCAACAAGCACGAGUGUCGUCGGAAGGAUACGCAAAUGAAGACGAGUUUCCCGACGAAUGCAUAGACUCAGACGAUCCUGAUCUCUAUAAUGGCAUAGAAGGCGAUGACCUGCUCCUGCAUGAUGAAGAUUUUCCCAGUGAUGGUGAUGUAAAUAUUCUUGACGAAGAAUUUCCGCACGAGAAUAAUCUUCGACAAUUUCAGUCUGUUGACAGUUUAGUAUUGCAACAACCACUGGCAAAUACAGUUACUGGUAGAGAAAACGGAUCUGCAUUGUUACCAACCUCACCUGAUUAUAUCCUGGAAUCUCCAAUACCCAAUACAGCAAUGGCUUCUCAGAUACCACAACAACAAGUUCACAGUAAUAUACCCUCAACCCAUCAUUUUUAUCGUCAACAUAGCAAUGUUGCUGCUGAUAAACUUUCAUCAAAACUAGACGAUUGUUUAUUUUUUAAUCCUGAGACGAUUGAGUCCUUUAUUAAAUGCCAUCGAGCGCAAAUAAGAGAAGUGACAGAUUUCUCAAAGAAGGAAACCAAACUAUUAGCCAACUUUACGCUGACCCUUUCUAGCAGAAAAGAAGACGUUGAAGGCGCUCUUAACGAGGCUCAACAACAACAAUCUUCUAGCAAUUUAAAAGAAGAGUUGAAGACGUCAAGCGAAUUUAUUGGUUACUUGGAUAAUUUAGAUGAACUGUUGGAAAUGAAAUUGGCAGCCAUCGAAGCUUUACGCGAUAGAAUUCGACAAGUGCUCGGUGAAGAGGUUCUCUAACCUUAUAGUAUAUUUACGUUAUCAGACACGAUUGCUGUUGCUUUCUAUUUAAACUGCUUUCGCGUUGUAGAAGAGCUUUCUCUUGAGAUAAUAAACGUAUAUCAUAUUCUCCUUUACUUAAUCUUCCUCUAUCUGAGGUAUAAGUUUGGCUUUCCUCCAUUUGAUUGGAAAAAAACACCAAAAA